AUGGAUACUAAAUCUCUGCCAAUUUCUAGCCCCAGCAUGUAUAUUCUUCCUCAAAUCACUGUUCAGCAUGACAUUACCGUCGUGAUGGAUGAUGUCCGAGACGGCGUCGUAACCAGCGGCUCGGAGGACGUCUGGAUAUCAUGCUAUCUGCAAGGUCACGAGAGUGUACACGGCAAACUGCGCAUCUCCAAAGAGCCUAGCGGCGUCUCAUUUCAUGCGAUGCAAGGUGUCGAGUGGCAAGGGUCGACGACGGUCAGCACCAAUCCAUCUUUGUCCAAGAAAAUUACUGCAUUUGAUAUAUCGCCUGAUGGGUCAAUCUUCGCAACGGGCUACGACGAUGGGACAAUCCUAGUCACUCCAGCAUCCGCCACAUCCUCAGAGCCGCGCCGGAUAGCAAAAACGCAUCUAUCGACUGUCCUCUCUGUCCUCUUCUUUCCAUCCUCCAUUGUUCUGCUCUCCACUUCCUCUGACCUCUCUGCUGCUGUUCACGACGCUAACCUUGCUUCCUCAUCUACCCUCUCUACUGUGCGCUCAUUGCGCGCACAUUCGGCCGGUGUGACCGACUGCGCUAUAAUAGAUCGCGGCAAGAAUGUGGUUAGUUUCGGUCGAGAUGCCUGUGCGCGACUAUGGCAUGUGGGGGAGGGGAGAGAAAUUGUUGGGCGUCGAUGGCGGGCUCCCAAAGGCUCACCGAUCCUUUGUGGGCAUGUCGACGCCGACUGGAAUUCGGUCCUUGCUGAAGGGAACGAAGCCAGGACUAGUACACAGGUCCUGGACGGAGAAGUAGGGACAUCUGGCAAGGUUGCCUUUGUCGGACUUCAAGACGGCACCAUUCGUGGGUAUGAAUUGAGUACGGGUGUACCUCGAUUCUAUUCGUCGGGUGCACUUGCAAAGGAGAGGCGGACGCCCAUCGACUCGAUCAACUAUUCAGCUCAUCACGGCACCCUGGUUGCAGGGACAAGAGAUGGCGUCGUCUUCAUCUGGAACCUCCGGAGUUUGGCUCUGUCUAAUGAGACUAGAGAGGGUGAAGACGAAGAACGAGAUGUGCCGCCCACCGUCACGCUGCGUCGCAACAAGGGAGGAAUAGAAAGCAUCGUCUUUGGUGCAGUAUCGACGGGUUCCCUGCCGAGCAUCCUCUUUGGAUCGGCAGAUGGUCUACUCUGCCGGGUAGGGUUUACGGCCAACGACGAGCCGCGUCUGUUGGAGGAAUAUGUCGGGGUUGAGUCUGGCGAUGGAAUUCGGUCUGUCCGAGUGUCUGUGGUCGAGGGGGUGGAGAUGGUGUGGUGUGCUUCCGACGACGGCAAUGUGCGGCGGUACUAA